CGCGGGGGUUGAAAGAAUCGUUGAUUGGCUAUUUUAAGCAAGGAAGUUUGCCGGCGUGGUAGGCUUUAUCACGACACGCACACUGGUGUCUCCGUACGCUCUCGUUCAGCCUUCCCGCUUCUGCGCAGCUUGACCCGGCCACAGCUACCCAGCCUGCCCCCUGUGUCUACUCGCCCCUUGUGAGCAGCAUGUCUGAUUACGGCGGUCUGCCGACGAACGGAGUCGGAGCUGGGAUGAAAAACGACGCUUUUGCUGAUGCAGUACAACGAGCCAGACAGAUUGCAGCUAAAAUCGGUGGAGACGGUGUUUCCUCAGUGAGCAACAACGGCGGAGCUGAGAACUAUCCAUUCUCGGCACAGAAAAGAUCCCUGGAAGAAGCAGAUGAACCCGAUGCCAAGAAGGUAGCAUCACAGAGUGAAAUUGAUUCUGCAUUGUCUAUUGGAGCUCAGCUGGCGGCCCUGUCCCAACAAAGUGUCAGACCCUCCACAAUGACAGAAGAGUUCAGGGUGCCUGAUGGCAUGGUCGGCCUCAUCAUAGGCCGAGGAGGUGAACAAAUUAACAAAAUACAGCAGGAUUCUGGCUGCAAGGUCCAGAUUGCGCACGACAGCGCUGGCCUUCCAGACAGAACUGUUUCUCUGACUGGGUCACCAGAUGCCAUACAGUAAAGCCAAGGCCCUAUAGAUGACAUAGUGUCACGGGGUCAUGAGACGCCUAAUGGAAGUACGGUUCCAUGCAGGGAGAUGAUCAUCCCUGCAGGCAAGGCUGGCCUUAUUAUUGGUAAAGGAGGAGAGACCAUCAAACAGCUACAGGAGCGGGCUGGAGUGAAAAUGAUUCUUAUUCAAGAUGGAUCCCAGCCACCCAACAUAGAUAAACCCCUACGCAUCAUUGGAGACCCUACAAAGUGCAGGUACUCCUCACAAGCAAAGGAUAUGGUUAAUGAGAUUCUACGAGACAGGGACCAUGCAGGCUUUGCAGAACGAAGUGAAUACGGCCCAAGGAUGGGAGGCGGUGGAGGAGGAGGAGGAGGAGGCGGAGGAGGGGGUGGUGGCGGCGGCGGCGGCAUCGAUAUAGCUGUGCCCCGCCACUCAGUUGGAGUUGUAAUUGGCAGAAGUGGAGAGAUGAUCAAGAAGAUCCAGAGCGACGCUGGAGUGAAGAUACAGUUUAAACCAGAUGAUGGUACAGGUCCUGAAAAAAUAGCCCAUAUAAUGGGUCCACCAGACCAGUGUCAGCAUGCUGCAUCAAUCAUCACUGACCUGCUACAGAGCAUCCGUGCACGAGAGGAGGGUGGGCACGGGGGCCCCCAAGGUCCUGGUGGAGGGAUGUCACCUGAUGGCCGUGGACGAGGUAGAGGCCAGGGGAAUUGGGGUCCUCCGGGAGGAGAGAUGACCUUCUCCAUUCCUGCCCACAAAUGUGGGCUUGUCAUUGGCAGAGGAGGAGAGAAUGUCAAGUCCAUUAACCAACAGACCGGCGCAUUUGUUGAGAUAUCUCGUCAGCCACCACCAAAUGGUGACCCUAACUUCAAAAUGUUCAUCAUCCGAGGGUCCCCACAACAAAUUGACCAUGCAAAGCAGCUCAUAGAAGAGAAGAUUGAGGCACCAUUGUGUCCAGUCGGUGGCGGUCCUGGUCCAGGGGGUCCUGGUCCAGGUGGUCCAGGGGGGCCCUAUAAUCAAAACCCUUAUAAUGCAGGGCCUCCUGGUGGUGCUUCUCAUGGCGCCUCACCUGGUGGCCCCCAGUACUGUCCACAGGGUUGGGGAGGUAACUACCAGCAGUGGCAAGCCCCAGGUCCACAGGACCCGAGUAAGGCGGCAGCAGCAGACCCAAACGCAGCAUGGGCUGCAUACUAUGCAUAUUAUGGUCAACAGCCAGGAGGCGCCAUGGCAGCCCAGGCUCCUGGAGCCUCUGCACCAGGAUCAGGGGACCAGGGCCAAGCCCCACAGGCCUCUGGGGGCCAGCCAGACUAUACUAAAGCUUGGGAGGAGUAUUACAAGAAGAUGGGCAUGGCCCAGCCAGCUGGAGGGGCUGGUGCAGCUCCAGGGGCAGCAGCGGCCGCCACUGCAGCAGCAGCAGGUGGGGCUGGAGCUGGAGGCCAGCAGGACUACAGUGCUGCCUGGGCCGAGUACUACAGACAGCAGGCUGCCUACUAUGGACAGCCAGGACAGGCGCCUGGACAGGCAGCUCCUCCACAGCAGGGACAACAGGCCCAGUAA